UGUAGUGUUGUGGAUUAUGCUUUCGAGUUGAGCGUCCGAUUCAUCCUCAGAUUUUUUUAUACUGUCCAUUGAGCGUUUAAAGUGUUGCAGAUAUUCUUCUUUGUUUUCGACGACACUUCAGAAUACUAUUACGUAGAUAUUGUAGCCUGGUUUACUCACAACUUGGCUAAAAUUUUACCGUAAAGAUGUCAGUGGUGGGAUUCGAUCUAGGCUUUCAAAGCUGUUAUGUUGCGGUAGCCCGAGCCGGAGGAAUCGAGACUGUUGCAAACGAAUACAGCGACCGGUGUACACCGUCAUUUGUCUCCUUCGGCCCACGGAAUCGUUCAAUAGGAGCAGCAGCCAAGAGUCAGGUUGUCACAAACUGUAAAAACACUGUGCAAGGCUUCAAGAGGUUUCAUGGGAGGGCGUUCUCAGAUCCCUAUGUGCAGUCAACCAAGUCCAGCCUGGUCUAUGACCUCGCCCAGAUGCCCACGGGCUCCACCGGCAUCAAGGUCAUGUAUAUGGAAGAGGAGAAGGUUUUCAGUAUUGAGCAGGUCACUGCCAUGCUGCUGACCAAACUGAAAGAGACAGCUGAGAGCGCACUUAAAAAACAAGUUGCCGACUGCGUCAUUUCUGUCCCAAGUUUCUUCUCGGAUGCGGAGAGACGAUCAGUCAUGGAUGCAGCACAGAUUGCUGGUCUGAACUGUCUACGGCUGAUGAAUGACACCACGGCAGUUGCUCUUGCCUACGGAAUCUAUAAGCAGGACCUCCCCGCGCCUGAGGAGAAACCCAGGACCGUGGUUUUCGUGGAUCUGGGUCACUCCGGGUACCAGGUCUCCGUGUGCGCCUUCAACAAGGGGAAACUGAAGGUCCUUGCGUCUGCGUUUGACCCCGAGCUGGGUGGCAAAGACUUUGACGAGAUCCUUGUGCAGCACUUCUGCAACGAGUUUGCUCAGAAAUACAAGCUGGACGUUCGCUCCAAACCCAGGGCUCUGGUGCGUCUCUACCAGGAGUGUGAGAAGCUGAAGAAGCUGAUGAGUGCCAACUCCUCUGACCUGCCCCUCAACAUCGAAUGCUUCAUGAAUGAAAUCGACGUCAGUGGAAAACUCAACAGGGGCCAAUUUGAGGAGAUGUGUGCAGGGCUGCUGGCCAAAGUGGAAGGCCCCCUUCGGAGUAUACUGGAGCAAGCCAAGCUGAAGAAGGAAGACAUCUAUGCGGUUGAGAUCGUAGGUGGCGCUUCCAGAAUGCCUGCCGUGAAGGAGCGGGUCAGCAAGUUCUUUGGGAAGGAGCUGAGCACGACGCUGAACGCUGACGAGGCCGUGGCCAGAGGAUGUGCUCUCCAGUGUGCUAUCCUGUCCCCUGCCUUUAAAGUGCGAGAGUUUUCCAUCACAGACGUGGUUCCCUACCCCAUUUCGCUCAAAUGGGGCUCAAACGCCGCAGAGGAGGGGGGCCUGAGCGACUGUGAGGUGUUCCCCAAGAACCACGCAGCACCCUUCUCUAAGGUCCUGACCUUCUAUCGCAAGGAGCCCUUCACCCUGGAGGCGUAUUACAACACGCCGAAAGAGCUGCCCUAUCCCGACCCCACAAUAGGUCAGUUCUUGAUCCAGAAAGUGGUGCCCCAAGCGUCGGGAGAGAGCUCGAAAGUGAAGGUGAAGGUGCGAGUGAACGUGCACGGUGUCUUCAGCGUUUCCAGCGCCUCCCUGGUGGAGGUGAUCAAACCAGCCGAGGGGGAGGAGCCCAUGGAGACAGACAACCCCGGCAAAGAGGAGGAGACCAAAAUGCAAGUGGACCAAGAGGACCAGAAAGCUCAAGGUGACGCCCAGACCAACAGCACUGACAAAAAGUCAGACACAGAGGAUAUGGAGACGACAGCAGAGGAGAACAAACAGGAGAAGAAGAACGAUCAACCUCCCCAGGCUAAGAAAGCCAAAGUGAAGACAAAAACCAUCGACCUCCCCAUCGAGAACAGCCUACACUGGCAGCUGGCCAACGACAUGCUCAAUCUGUUUGUGGAGAAUGAGGGGAAGAUGAUCAUGCAGGACAAGCUGGAGAAAGAGAGGAACGAUGCUAAGAACUGCGUGGAGGAGUAUGUGUACGAAAUGAGAGACAAAUUACACGGUUCUCUGGAGAAGUUCGUCAGUGAGGCGGAUAGAGAUACUUUCUCCUUAAAACUUGAGGACACAGAAAACUGGCUGUAUGAAGAUGGAGAGGACCAACAGAAGCAAGUGUACAUUGAUAAACUAGCUGAGUUAAAGAAACUGGGGCAGCCGAUCCAGGAUCGGUACGUCGAAGCAGAAGAGAGGCCAAAGGCAUUUGAGGAGCUUGGCAAACAGAUCCAGCAGUACAUGAAAAUCAUAGAGGCUUAUAAAACAAAGGACGAGCAGUAUGACCACUUGGAUGAGGCGGAGGUGACGAAAGUGGACAAACUGGUGAGCGAGGCCAUGGUCUGGAUGAACAGCAAAAUGAACCAGCAGAGCAAACAGAACCUCAAUGAAGAUCCUGUAGUUAAAGUCAGCGAGAUUCAGGCCAAAACAAAGGAGCUUUAUUCCACUUGCAAUCCAGUUGUGACAAAACCCAAGCCCAAAGUGGAGCUCCCCAAGGAGGAGAAGGCGGCGGAACAGAACGGGCCCGUAAACGGACAGGAGGGCACAGAGGCACAGCCCAGCAGCCCAGAGAAAGGCAGCACGGGUCAGCCCGCCCCAGAGCCACAGGCCAAGCUGCCUGAAAUGGACAUUGACUAAGUUAAUGUUGCCACUGGGCCUCUUUCUGUGUUCAACCUCACCCCAGACCCCCAGCCCAACACCACCAUACAACACAUGUCUCUCCCUCUCCGUCUCUCUCUCUCUCUCCCUCUCUCUGCCUCCUUCCCUGGCUCGCCCCCCUCCCUCCGUUCUCCCUCUGAGGGAAAAGCCUCUGAGCUACGAUAACAGCAAGCGCAUCUCGGAAGUACUCCCCUGACGACGACGCCUGACUAUCCCAUAAAUAUUCGCCAUCCUGUGCCGUUUGUGGCAUGGUUUUUUUGUUUGUUUGUUUGUUUUCUUUUCUUUUAUUAUUAUUUCCAUUAUUGCUGUUGGGGGAAAUAAAUAAAUAAAUAAAUAUGUGUCACGCACAUCAGCAAGGCUGUUUUCACAAUAAAGAUAAACAUGUUGUAGGUGCUUGUUGGAAACUGUUCAAUUUGUACUUUUUAAGCAUUUACAGGUUUCUUUUGCUACUUUUUUGGAGGAGGGGGCUUGAGGAAUAUUUUUGAAGGGGGGGGGGGGGGGGGGUGGUACGAGGGACAAAGUUACCA